UGUGUGGAAUGAAACUGUUUCAUCAUAACAAUUUGUUUAGGUUUUGUCGUCAGUGGGCAGUGGUAGUGUCUGUGAUCUUUAGUGAAACAUAAACCUGAGGAAAGUUAUUCUGACCCUUUAUUUAUCCACUAAACAAUUACGAUUCUUGGUCACUGCCACCAUGUGGUGGGCAGAAAAAACAGCAGUGAGUGAAGUGACAGUCUUUAUUCUGCAGAGGCUUCAAUGGUGAUUUAUGAAGGCUGUCUAAAAUGAAAUAUCUAAAGCGUGUCUACAGGAUCUUUAAACAAAUAGCAAUAGAGAAGUUCUAGGACUUAAUGAUCUACUGACGUAACUGUUUACUUCCUUAUUUAAAGGCGAGGUGUGUGGCAUCUGUAUAACAGUGUUCCUUUUUUGGCUACAGUGGAAAGCAUGAAAAUUACACGUUUGUGUGUGUGUGUGUGUGUGUGUGUGUGUGUGUAUACACGGACCGUUGUCUUACAGUGGUACAUCUUAUAUACUAUAGAGCAAAUAUGUGGAUUAUAUUAGUCAUGGUUUACAAAGCUGGGAAAAACUAGACUCAGGUAUAUUUUUCAGAUCUGGUGCAAAAUACAGUUAGAUUAUCAGACAGCUAUCUAUCUAUCUAUCUAUCUAUCUAUCUAUCUAUCUAUCUAUCUAUCUAUCUAUCUAUCUAUCUUUGCCUUAAUAAGGUCAGUGCUAAUUGCAGGAAGAGCACCAUCACAAAUCUCCAGGUUUUUUUUAAAGACGUCACCCAGAAGAGAAACUCUGCUCCGUUUUUCUCACGGUUCUCCCUCUGUAUGGAAUGCAGACAAUUUUUCCAGCAUUUUGUCAUCAUUAAAAGUGACUGUAAGACCGUUUAUGGCACUGUGGCAGUAAACAGAGCCCCUUAUUUGCCUUUCAAACUAAAUGUCGCCCGUGGACAUGAAUGGCGCUGCUGACUGCCGUUAAACACCGGGGUCACGUGACGGCGUUUUCACUUCUUCAGCGUUUUUUUACAUUUUGCACAGCCCUUUGCUCGGUUAAAGCUACCUCUGUUAGACCUCAGGUCUAGGACUUGUGACAUGAAUACGGCUGGAGCCAUAGACCAUGAUGAACCGUUCGCGUUUUAUCUUUUUGCUGUUUCUUUCUGUUAAACUGCAGCAGGUGUAUGGAGUGUGGCCCAUGCCCCAGAGCAUCACUCAGUCUCGUGACAGGUACUCUUUAAAUCCUCACCUGUUCACUUAUCACUACGCGGAUGAUUCAGCUGCGCGAGCCGGAUGCUCUGUCCUGGAUGAUGCCUUCAAAAGAUACUUCAGGAUCGUCUUCCCCGACUGUACAGAUGGACCAGGAUUCAGGAACACUUGGUCUGAGCUCAAACCCUUCACAGUAUCAGUGAGUGUGAGAAGUGGUGGAUGUGAUGAAUACCCCGAUGAAGGUUCAGAUGAAAGUUAUAACCUGAGUGUGUCGCGAGGUCAAGCUGUGCUGAAAGCAGAGUCAGUGUGGGGAGCCCUGAGAGGUCUGGAAUCCUUCAGUCAGCUGGUGUACCAAGAUGAUAAUAACUCAUAUUUUGUCAAUAAAACAGAAAUUGCAGACUUCCCACGAUUUUCAUUUAGAGGGCUGUUGCUAGACACGUCGAGGCACUAUUUAUCUGUACAUGCUCUACUGAAGACUCUGGAUGCCAUGGCUUAUAAUAAAUUCAAUGUAUUUCACUGGCACAUUGUGGAUGAUCCUUCUUUCCCUUACCAGAGCCACACGCACCCUGAUCUGAGCAAAAAGGGAGCCUUCCAUCCCGUCACCCACAUUUACACGCCGUCAGACGUGAGAACAGUGAUCGCUCAGGCAAGGCUCCGAGGAAUCAGGGUGGUGCCAGAGUUUGAUUCUCCGGGACACACUCAGUCAUGGGGUAGAGGGCAGCCAGACCUGCUGACGCCUUGCUACAAGAGAGCUGUUCCCACUGGAACGUUUGGCCCCAUCAACCCAGCUCUGAGCUCCAGUUACCAGUUCAUGAGCAGCCUCUUUAAAGAGGUAACCUCUGUAUUUCCUGACUCUUUUGUUCACCUUGGGGGCGAUGAGGUUGACUUCAAGUGCUGGAAAUCAAAUCCUAAUGUGAAGGCAUUUAUGGCAAAGAUGGGCUUUGGGAAAGAUUACACCAAACUGGAAUCUUUCUACAUGGAAAGUAUUAUGAACAUGACUGCUGCCUUUAAGAAGACCUCCAUAGUUUGGCAGGACGUUUUCGAUAACCACAAGCCUAGUAAGGCUCAGUAUGUGGUGGAGGUGUGGAAAAGAGGAUGUUACCUUUGUAAGGUGCGCCAGGUGGUUAAGGCCGGGCUGAAGGUCAUCUUAGCAGCUCCAUUCUAUCUGGACCUACCUGGACCCACACACAACUGGGCUCGCUACUACACCGUGCGUCCUCUCUCCUUUAAGGGCACAGAGCAGCAGAAGAAGCUGGUGAUUGGUGGUGAGGUCUGCAUGUGGGGAGAAUAUGUGGAUGCAACCAAUCUCAGUCCACGUCUAUGGCCCAGAGCAAGUGCAGCUGCUGAGAGGUUAUGGAGUAAUGAAGAGCAGACGUCUAGCGUGGAAAAGGCCUUUCCUCGCCUGCAGGACUUCCGCUGUAAAAUGAUAAGACGUGGCAUUCAAGCAGAACCUCUGUUUAUAGGCCACUGCAAACAUGAGUACAGCGGCCUGUAGAAUACAUGGAUCACGAUAGGAGCAAGAGAAAAUCUUAUACAAAGGGACUAGACUUGUGAUUUUAUAGUUUCAAGAAAAUAUUACAUUUAUCACUAAUGCUUCCUAAAUUGCAGUGAAUUCAUUCUAAAAUGAUUUAACUGAGAUUUAAAAAAAAUGUAUUAUGGCUUUAUAAAACAGUAAUGGAAAUAUAUUUAUUUAUCUUAAUUUGAACUUGUGACUUGAGUAGCUUAAAGACUUUUUGGUACGGGUAUUUAUGGGAUUGUAUAAUAAUAAAUU